CUUUUCUCACUCACGAUCAUCAAAAGCACUUCCUGUAAAAGCAAAAGCAGUUGGCUUUUUGCAUUGCCUUGGAUUUCACUGAAGAGUUUCACACAAAACCCAUUACUUGUUAUCCGAAAAAUCCACCUACUAUGCUGAUUCCCUCGCUGCUGUGCUGAUUCACGAGCGCCAUUAAAGCCCCAAGCAACCCACUCGGGGGUUUUUGAACCCUUUUGAGAAAAGCGCUUUUUUCACAAGUUGGAAGUUAGGAAAAUGGCUGCCAAGGAGUCGAGCUCUGCAGCUGCUGCUGCUUCGUCGGACGGAAAAAUCAAAAGGGUGCUCACCCAUGGCGGUAGAUAUGCGCAGUACAAUGUGUUUGGUAACUUGUUCGAAGUCUCCAGCAAGUACGUGCCCCCCAUUAGGCCUAUUGGGAGAGGUUCUUAUGGCAUUGUCUGUGCGGCUGUCAAUUCAGAGACCCAUGAGGAAGUUGCAAUUAAGAAGAUUGGUAAUGCUUUUGACAAUAUAAUAGACGCCAAAAGGACAUUAAGAGAAAUCAAGCUUCUUCGCCACAUGGACCAUGAAAAUGUUAUUUCUAUCAAGGACAUUGUACGACCACCAAAAACAGAGACCUUCAAUGAUGUCUACAUUGUUUAUGAACUAAUGGACACUGAUCUUCAUCAGAUCAUUCGUUCUGAUCAACCACUAACAGAUGAUCAUUGUCAGUACUUUCUGUAUCAGCUGUUACGAGGACUAAAAUAUGUGCACUCGGCAAAUGUCUUGCACCGUGAUCUGAAGCCAAGUAAUCUGCUUCUGAAUGCUAACUGUGACCUUAAAAUCGGAGAUUUUGGACUAGCAAGAACAACAUCUGAGACAGAUUUCAUGACCGAGUAUGUUGUCACUCGUUGGUACCGAGCACCAGAGUUGCUACUUAAUUGUUCAGAGUACACUGCUGCAAUUGAUAUCUGGUCUGUUGGUUGCAUACUUGGUGAAAUCAUGACGAGAGAACCUUUGUUUCCUGGGAAAGAUUAUGUCCAUCAGCUGAGGCUUAUUACGGAGUUGAUAGGUUCACCUGAUGAUGCAAGCCUCGGAUUUCUUCGAAGUGAUAAUGCCCGAAGAUAUGCAAAACAGCUUCCACAAUUCCAGAGGCAACAAUUCGCUGCUAGAUUCCCUAACAUGUCUCCUGGGGCUGUGGAUCUGCUGGAAAAAAUGCUUGUGUUCGAUCCUAGUAGACGCAUUACUGUUGAUGAGGCACUUUGUCACCCAUACUUGUCGUCCCUUCACGACAACAAUGAUGAGCCCAUCUGCGCAAGGCCCUUCCAUUUUGAUUUUGGGCAACCAUUAUGCACUGAAGAGCACAUCAAAGAUCUCAUCUGGCAAGAAGCAGUGAAGUUCAAUCCAGACCCAACCCAUUAAAGGAACAUGUCGGCUAGGGCUGUAGAUAUAUGUAUUAUGAAGAACUUAUCAUCUUUUAACAAUGUAUAAUCGAUCACCAUUUGCCCUAAGAAGACUGGCUCCGGAGAACUUUUGCUUAUAACUUAGGGUCAAGUUAUUUGCAAGGAGCUUACAUACUCGAGGGAAUUAGUGUCCUAUGAAUAUCGGUGAAGACUCUAAAGCAGUAUUGAAGUGUGGUUGAAAACUGAUUUCGAGCUUGGCAGAAAGAUUCUAAAUGUUGUACUGAUUUGGAAUUGGGAUGUGAAAUUUCUUUCUAUUCACUAAUCAUAUAAAAUCAAAAGAUUUGAAGA